AUGAGUAUUGUAAAUUAUGAAGUAAUAGGGGGGUCAUUAGUUAAACGUGACAAUUUAGACGGGUUGGCUAUUACAGGGGCGACUCGGUGGGCCUUUUUCGCAAUCUUUAUUGUGAUUAUAGCUAUAGUAUUGCUUGGAACCAUGAGAAUAAACAAACGAAGGGCGCGCCAAGGUGCACAACCCAUAUAUGGAACUAGCUGGAUGACACCCCCUUCAUAUAGACAAUCUCAGAAUCAAUAUCAACAGCCAGAUCAUUUAAGAGACCCCGACUUGCCAGGUGCUUAUGUUCCCGCAUAUACAGCCACGGCCAAUGAAUAUGACAUGGGAUACUAUGACAAUACUGGUCAAUACCAUCCUAAUCCAAAUGCAAAAGCACCUAUACCUCAUCCACCCGAAUCUCAUCAAAGAGUGCCUAGCACAGUUGGUGCUGGCGCAGCCACUACUUUACCUACAACUUUACAAGGCUCCAAUGACAAUGAUUCUAAUGAAAGUAUAGGUGAUUUAUAUAGAGCACCAAAUGGUCCACCACCUGGAGUAGUUGCCAAUGGUGACACCAACGUUGGAAAUGAUCAAUCAAAUGAAUUCAACCCUCCUCUUGGGCCACCUCCACAGAGCAGUGACUUAGUUAUUGAAGGUUCGUCAACAUCUGCUUCCAGUCAAGGAGAGAACCACUUAUCAUCAUCUGAAAACUUCAAGUCAUCAAAAUCAUAA